CUUGACUGGGACAAGGGUGGUACAAGGGUGGUACGCCGUCGGGCACAGCGCUGAGCCGCUGACCGCUCUCGCAACCUUCCGCCGAGUACAUGCCCUUCACCUUCAUCUGCUCCAAGCAGCGGCGCACCUCGGAUUCCGACGACGAUACACCAACAGAUCCUCUCCCACCUCGCGUUGGACGCUUCGUCCUCAGCGGCAUCGUGCUCGGCAGCGGCGCCACCGGACGAGUCUACCUCGGGUUUGACGCCGACACAGGGCAGGAGGUUGCGAUCAAGCAGCUUAAGGGUGAGCGCUCCCGCGAGGCUCCCGCCGAGGUCGCGCCACACCAGAUCGUUUCGGGGCACCCCAAUGUUGCGUCGCUUUUGGGUCACUACUUCUUCCGCGGACAGCACUUCAUCGUCCUCGAGCUCUGCCGCGCUGGCGACCUUUUCUCCGUCGCGAUGACCGCCGCUGAGGGCGUGUCGAUGCCCGAGGAUCAGUUGGCAUCCCUUAUGCGCGGUAUGAGCGACGGCCUCGCGCAUGUUCACGCAUGCGGCGUCGUGCACCGCGAUAUGAAGCUGGAGAACCUGCUGCUCGACGACAGCGGCAGCGUCAAGCUGUGCGACUUUGGUCUGGCGCACGUGUUCAGGCGGGAUUCAAACGGCCAGCCGCUGAAGGAGGCCAUCAAGCGGCGUUCGGGCACAAAGUCGUACACUGCUCCAGAGGUGCUCGCGACGUCUGGCGACGGCUUCUACUUCGCAGAAGCCGCCGACGUCUGGUCGCUCGGUGUCUGCCUCUUCUCACUCGCCUUUGGCUUUUUCCCGCUCGAUGUGGCCCACCCCGCGGACUGGAGGUUCGGGGCGAUUCGGGAGGCGCAGGCGGCGGGACAGCCGACAGUGCCGGCCAUCUUCGCCUUGUACCAACAGAGGCUGCCGCCCUGGUCGGCCGAGCUACUUAAGCUGCUUGACGGCAUGCUGCAGAUCGAGGUGAGCAAGCGCUGGACGAUGCGGCAGGUGAUGUCGUCGCGGUGGCUGCAGCAGCCGCCGCCGCCGCCGCUCAAAACGACGAAGAGCGGUCGGCAGGGGACCUCGCUCACGUCAGUGAUUGACAUGGACCUCAUCGGGGUCUAGCGUGUAGCGACGCAGGCACCACCACUGUCCAUACUGUAUUUGCGAGAGCAGGGCCUCAGUCUCGCCUCGCUGCCCCCCGGCUGCACAGCAACCAACUGUACCGUGGAUGACCCCACAGGGUACACCACCUUCGUACUGUCAAACACAUAUGCCAUGUUCAAAACCACACCUCUCUCCUCUGGCCUCUCUCAUGUCUCAACCUACACAGGUACAUAUGAGUUACACGAUACAGUACCGAGUACGU